AAACCGCCUCCAGCUCCAGCCUCCUGUCCUGCUCCCUUCCUCCCCUGCCUGCCUGCCGCGCACCACUCCACUCGAGUGACUCGAGUCGUCCUCCUCCCACCACCUCCCGUCCGUUGCGUUGCUCCUGCCCGCGCCUCCUCCAUCCACCACACCAGUCCGUCGUUAAAGCUGCGGCAUCGGCAGCACACGCCGACGGGUACAAGGAGCACUCAUUGCCUCCCCAUCUCGUGUAGGCUCUCCCCCUCCUCCGCGCUCCGUCCGUCUCUCAUCACCGUUCCGCCGCCGCCCCACCUCUCCCUCCUCUCGCCGCCGCCUCCGAACCCGCCACGGCGCGGCGGAGAUCCAACCGGACGGAUCUGGAUCGACCUACUCCGACACCGCUUUCCGAAGAUAGAUAGAUAGAUAACAAGGUUGUGCUGUGCUUGCUGUCUGUUGGGAAGUGGAGGAAGCUCAAUAAGUUGAUAUCCGCCUCGAGCUCGAGGGAACCGGUGGGCAGAGUCAGUGGGCGCAGCGCAUUGCCUUGCCUUGCCUUGCCUCAUGAUUCUCCGUUUGGUAAACUCAUAUUUAUGACCAUGAAGGAUGUGGCCUACAUUGCUGGAUCUGCUGCUACAUUGGUGGUGCCACUGAUCUGGUACCUUGGUGAUGAAAAAAUCUAUGCUGGUAGUAGCUAGGUAGGGUAUUUGGGAGUACUUUUAUCAUGAAUCGAUCCGAUUCUCUGUGGCAGGGCCCCCCGAUCACGAGCAUGGACAGAACUGCCAAUAAUGCGGUAUUGGAUAUCGAGAGCCUUCCUCAACCGCCUGAUAAAUGCUGCUCUGGGAGUCCGAAGAUGAUCAGGGCCUUGUCGCGUAAGGGUUCGAACCGGAUGGAGAGGAGGGGCGGCGGCGGCGGCGAGCAGGAGCAAGAGGAUUUGGCGAAAAAACUUGUCAUCAAAGUUGUGCCGUCUCAACUGGAGCAGCAGCCCCUGGGUCAGAACAAGGCGCUGGUCGCUCCACAUUGCACACCUGUUCUUGUUGAUUCUGGGGAAGGGAGGAGCAAAAGAUUCAUUAGCCGGUUCACGUCCAUCAACCCUCGGAAGAUUCUCCUCUUGUUCGCAACGCUGUCGAGCGUGGGGACAACGAUACUGAUCUACUUCACGCUGGCGAUCAACAGCAAAGCGGAGGCCUAGUCGCCUGGAGACACCCACCACCACCAUUUGCGUCGGCGAGCGGGCGGCGGCAGUACAUUCCGAGCUUGAGUUUUUAUUUUUCUCUAUUUUUGUUUGUGAGGUAGCUGCCGCGGCGAGAUUAGAUGCAGCCUGCCGCUCAGGUGUCUGUAUCCAUUGACUGAGUGAGAGACUGCUUCAGUGGGUGUCAUUCUUCCUCGCGUGUAUGUAUAUUGGUGGAAUCGUUGAUGUGACUUUUUUAGUCUUCAAUUAUGUGCAGCAGAUCAUGUAUAUAACAGGAGAUCUGUUGAAGACAGAUCGGCAGAGAAGUUCAAUUCGGAUUAAA